AUGGCCAGCGCAGACUUUGGCGACACCUGCCAGGCCACCAUCAUGCAGAAGCUGCACCGCCGCGAGGGCAACUGGCGCCUGGACCCGCCCCUGCGGCGCGCCUGCAAGGCAGACGCGGAAAAGCUGUGCCCCAACGAGGCGGCCCUCCGCUCCGACGACGGUGCCGUCAAAAAGUGCCUGGCAAAGCGCGCCGGCGACCUGGCGGACGGCUGCCGCCGCGAGCUCGCGCGCAGCCUGCACAUGUCGUUCUUCGUGUGGUGGCCGAAGGGCGCCGUCACCGCGGCCUGCGACGAGGACGUCGCGCGGCUGUGCCUCAUCGGGCACCCGACGCUGCACCAGAUGCCGGGGGCGGUCGGCGCGUGCCUCGCGCGCGCGAUGACCGCGAUCGCGGCGCACGAGGCGCAGGCCGAGGAGGACGUGCCGCUGGCGGACCGAAGCGGCCGGAGGCGGCGGCUGCUCGAUGAUGACGACGACGAUGAUGAGGAUGAUGAUCAUCACAAGGACGAACACAAGGAUGAUAAAAAGGACGAGAGGAAGCAUAAAGAAGACGCCAAGGAGCAGCGGAAGCAGGAGAAGGAGCAGGGGAAAGCAGAGGGGGCCGGCGGCAAGGGGGAAGCUGCAGGGAAGGAUGCAAAGGCCGACAAAGGGGGCGAGGCCAAGCGGGAGCAGCCGCCGCUGCACGUCUCGGACGAGUGCCGCGUGCUGCUCGCCCUCGCCGAGCCGCCGCAGCUGCCCUCGCCGUUCGACGCGGCGGGCGCCGCGGUGCGGGCCGCGGUGCAGCAGCUGGACCGGCUGCAGGGGGCCACGGGGGUGCCGGUUCUGCACAGGGAUGCGCGCGGCACGCCGACGGGGAUCAGCCUUACGGGCUGGAGCGCCGUGGUGGGCAUGGCGGCGCUGGUGAUCGCCGUCCUUGGCGGCGCCGUGCUCGCGCUGCGGCAUCUGCGCGGCGGGAGGCACUCAUACACACUUGUGACAAAGUCCGCGCCGCCGCAAGGCGAGUCGGAGUAG